AAUAUGGUGAAUUCAAAAUUAAAAACCCAAAUUCCAAAUGGAUCUAUUUUAAUCUAACAUGUCAACAAAAGGAAAAGACGAAUGGCUGUUUAUUAUCAUGUUCAUUAUUGUGCCUUUCGCCCUGAUGGGGGGCCUUUUACCCCAAACACCAUAUUUUUAAUAUAUUCUUCCUUUAUCGAAUUUUUUUUGCUUCAUUACCUUGAACAAAAGUGAAAAACAUUAAAGACCAUGAAUCAUGAAGAAAAAUGUAAAAACAUUAAAUAUUAAAUCAAAGGCCAAAUUUCCACAUGCAUCAUCAAAAGUGGUUGUAAAGAAAAGUGCUGAGUUUUUUUUUUUUUUUUUUGUGCAUGACGUGUGGGUCUCUGUAUUUAUUUUAGUUAUUUUAUUUUAUUUUAUUAAAGAUAGUUUAAUAGAUACAUUGUCUGUACUUCAGUGGUCAUUUUUUGCAUUUUAUUGAAAAUCAGGGUGUGAUGUGUGACAAAUCACCGUGUUAAGCUACCAUUUAUUAAGUUAUUAGAAUUGUGGUUAUUCAACAUAAACAAUUUUGAAAAACAGUCUAGGAAAUAAAGACUAGACAUAAAAGGUGUAUUUCAGUUAUCACUUUUUUGUGUUUCAGGUUGGUACAGACAGUCUGUAUUUAACAGACUCUGCAAAUGUCGCUCUUUUUCCUAUGGAAAAUGGAGAUUUUUGCAGCUUGGACCUAACCGACAGAGGGCAUUAUGAGGUUCAUGGCGGUGAACUUCAAGGACAAGUAACAGCUUUGAGUCAGCGUAGUUUCUCAUUUUCUCAAAGGCCUUCAAGUUCACCUGUGGCAAACUUCACACAGCCACCUAGAGCUAGUACUCCAAGAUCAUUUCAAAGAUCCAUACACAUCUCUGAAAUACAAGAUGGACGCAUGGUCUCUAGUCGAGUAGUGGUGGUGCGGUUUACAGAAUUUGAAGCAAAUGUGCCCAGCAUUCUGGAGAAAGUGAAGUUGGCUCUGGGCAAUGAUGAAUCUUACGUCCUUACCAACACCCAAGGAAAUGAAAUCUUGGACUCAGAGGGCACAACUGGAUCAUCUUAUUGGAGGCCAAACUCCAGAAAAGUCCAUGCGGUGGAAAGUGCUGCGUUUAGACAGUGGCAGCACAGUAGGAGUCUGAGUCGCAGAGAUGCUGAAAAAUCUGUCCUUCAGAACCUUAAAUCGCAAAUCGAGGAGCUGUUGGAGGCCUCGCAUGGUUUGGAAAAUGUAUCCAGACAGAUUCAGGAGAUUGUUUCCAUUACACAGGGAGCAGCACAAAGGGCAAACCUAGCAACAAUUUUAAAGGAAACAUUCAUGUGUUUAAUCUGCAGAGUCUUUCUGGUAGAACCUGUGUUCACCUCGUGCUGCAGGAGUGUGGUGGGGUGCAAGGUCUGCAUUAACCAAUGGAUGGAGAACUCAAGGCAGUGCCCUAAAUGCAGAUCUGAAGAUAUUGUCAUCACAGAGGUUGCAGGCCUAUCCAAUGUGCUUGAAGUCACUAAAAGUUUUGUCUAAAAAACUUGUCUAGUUUGUCUAGUUUUCAUUUUUUUUCUCCACUUCCUGCAGUAGGCUAAUAUUUGUUCAGUUAGUAAGGUUCAAGCAGGGUGUGUGAUAAAGACAUAAUCAAAAGUUUAAAAACAUUGCAGUUUUGUUUGCAUGUGUUGUUGUGAGAACAGAAUAAAGUUUUUGCAGAUUCCA